UUCAUCUUAAUCUCUUAAACGCCAUCUAACGUUAAUUGAAUUAAUUAUCAAAUUAUUUUUAUGAAUAGCGUUCAAACUUAAUUGAAAUUAUAAAGGAGGAAAAGCGUGUGGGAAGGUAGUCUAUUUAAAUUACGAACAUUCUCUUAUGUACUAUUGUAUUUAUAUACAAAUAUUAUAUAUUAAGCCCACAUGUAAUCUCUCAAUUAAGCGUCAAAAAAAAGUUGUUUUCUUUUCUUUAGAUCAAUUCAAAAAACAAGUUUUGUGGUAAAUUGUCCUGUAGCUGAUAUAAAAUUCUAUGUGACACGGCUGACAAUCAAUCGGAGGAAGUUUAAGCCUUUUUAUAUUUGCUGAUGAGUUAAUAUAAUGAAAAAAUCUUCAAAUUGAUUGGAAAUAGAAAUAAGUGUUUUUAUUAAUAAUAAAAACGUUCAAUUGAUAAAUAUAAAAGAGUUGGAUGAAUUUCUUUCAGUUCUUUUUUUUGUUUAUUUCUAACUGCCUUAUUUUUAUAUAAAAUGAAAAUAUUCUCUGGAUGUAAUCUUUUUUGACCUUUAAUGGAGACAUUUACAUUUGUUAUGUUAUUAGUUUUUUGAAUUUUGCACGGAAAUUAAUACAAUAGAAAAAAGAUAUAUCUACAGAAAACUGGUAUGUUUGCAUGAAAAACAUACAGGUGACUUUUGUUUACAAUUUCUUUAGUUCAAUCGUUUUUUGCUUUUUGACGUUGGAUUUGCUCUUGUUAAGCUGAAAAUAACUCGAGGAUUAUAAAAGAUAUGCGGAAUAUAUGGAAUUCAUGAUUAUUAAAACAGAUCCAACCAUUAUUACUUUUUUAAUACGUCUUUGAUCACCUGUAGUAUCGCCCAAAAUGCAUCCUCUUUUCGAACAAGUUCUCUUUAAGAAAGAUUUGUCAUUAGCGGGAGAAGUUUUUAAUGUUAAAAAUGAAGAAAUAGAACAAGAUUUGUCAUCGAUUAUCCAAUGCCUAACAAACAUUGUAAAUCGCGAACAAUAUUUAUACCAACACAGCGAGCAGAGCGUUGUAGAAAUUGUUCUAACAAGAAUAACAUCAGCAAUAAGAGAAACGAAAAGUUUGGAUAGAAAUUAUGAAUCUUUAAUUGAAUUGUUAGAAACUUGUUUAAAGUUUAACUUGCAGACAACUGGAAAUAAUGAUCCCCCUCAUUCAAAAAUAGCAUCCGAUAUACUCUCAUGCAUAUUCAUGAAUAACUUAAAUGAAACUAUCAUGAAGAAAGCUGUACCAAUUUCCAUUAAAUUCCUAGAUAAGAAAAAUAAUGAAAUAAUUAGAAAUUUAAGCAGUUAUUUAGCAUUGGCAGCUAUUGAUUACAAUGGUAUAAUUGUUGAAUCUGCACCAUUAAUCAUUAAAAGUAUACUCAACGGCAAUAAACUUCUUAUUCGUUUGUUACCUCAAAUCUAUGUGAAAAAUAGUGAACCUUUUGACGAUUAUUUAGCUGAUAUUCUUAACCUAAUCUCAGUUCUUGACCCCCAGCAGCGUUCAGAUUUGUUAUCUUUGGCUUCUCUAUCUGUUCAAGGUACUUCAAGGAUAUCAGAGUUAGUCGAAACGUUAUGCUCAAAUCUUAAUAUAAUAUCAAUUGCUGAAAUUGGACCUGUUUUAAAAACUGUCGCUGAGAGAGACGCAAGAUAUUUAGUGCCUUAUAUCAGAGCCAUCUAUCAGACUGUUGACACUGACGAUGAAGCUCAAAUUCUACAAGUCGCUGAACUAUUAACUGUAGUGGCUCUAUCUAGUGGGAGAGAUGCAGCGGAAGUUUGUACAAAAUGCUUAGUUGACGCUCUUGAAAGUUGUAGGUCUACUCAGACUCUUGUUCUUGUAAGGAAUCUCAAAGAAAUUGCUGAAAAAUAUCCAACUGUUGUACACGAUCACUUAGAUACUGUAAACUCCACUUGCUUGCAUAAUGCCAUAUCACAUACAGCAUUAGAUCAGUUAAAAGAAAUAUGUUCUAGAAGACGAUCGGCCUGCAUUCAAACUGAUGCAGUUACCGUUAUAAGUGUCGAUGAUAGCUCUAAUUGCGAUUGUAAACCACCGUUGACAGCUUCUUCAAGCGGUAUAUCCCAAGCCAAAAAUGUAGCAACGUCUACUCCUAACUUGGAGGAGGAAUACGAAAAAGCAUCAAUUAGCGUCUCUAAAGUUCAAAUGACAUCACCAGGAACUAGUACACUAGUAACCGUAUCUAAGAUGCAUCAACCUGAACCAAGCUAUUCAACAAUUCAAGUCCGAAGGGACUACGUUCCACCAUCGUUAGAGAAUGCUAUACCCUAUCGAGACGCCGUUCAGCAUUUUUGCGAAAAGCAUAAAGAUAAAAUUAGGCAAUUUAUAGAGCAUAUUUUAGCGAGAAUGCCUAUUCCAUGUAAGGCCAAUGUCGAAGAGAAGUUAGGAGGGAAAAGAGUGGUUAGAUUACAUAUUUCCUGUUCGGCAAAAACGGAUGAUUGUCUAUACAGAGACUCUUUUCUUACUUUUUCAACGAGACAUCCAAAAUUAUGGAUUCAUAUAAUGCUAUUAGCUGUUCAGGCAAGUUCGGAACAUGCCCUUGCUCAGCACGAUGAUGCUGUUGCCUCGUUGAAAAAAUGCUGGGAUGUAUUAGACAGUGGAACAAGUUUUGUUCGGGUGGCUACGUCGUCUUUUCCGAAUAGAAGAGAUCAAGAUUGGUUGGUAGAAGAGUUAAGAGACUGUAGAGUUUUAGACAUGUUUGAAUUCGAUGCGGCCAGAAGACAUUGGGGUUGUUUUAUGUGUACUGUACCGAAUAAAUUUGAAAAAUUACUCAGAGACGGCGAUCCGGCAAUGGAAGGGAACUUAAAAGAGAAACGGGGCAAGUGGAAGGUACUAAAGAGGUGGAAAACAAGAUAUUUCACUUUAUCGGGAGGAAGUAUUAUAUUCUCUUCGAAGAGGAACUCGGUAUAUCAAUAUCUCAUUUUAAUCUAUGAUAUUGAUCUUUUCUUAUAUAAUUAAUUCAUAAACAGUCGAAAGAAACUGUUCCCGUAAGCCAAAUUCAGAGCGUUCAAUCAGCUAGACGCCGCGGCACUAGAAAUAUUCCUAAGGCCUUUGAGAUAUUUACCUCUCACGAUUCAUUUCUACUAAAGGCGGAAGAUCCAUCUCAUGCAGAAAAAUGGUUGCAGUGCAUUCAUAUUGCAAAAGCAAAAUGUCAACAAAGAUUGGAAAAGCAUAGCGAACAAUAGACACCUGUUUAAAGGAAGAAAUCUACUUCGAUUAAUUCUUCAAUAGAUAUCUAUACCUAAUUCAAAUAAUAUUAGAAAUAUAAAGUUUGAAGGAAAUGGAUAAAAAAGGACGAUCUUUUCGUUCUUUUUCCCUUUUCUUCAAUUAUAUCAUCAUCACCAUUAUCCUUGGCGUUCUCUUCUAACAAAACUGAUAUUAAAAUUGACUUAUUUGUUUUAUUUGUUUUUCUAUUUAUUUUAGAUUAUUGUUUGUUUUGUAUUCUUUUUUAUUAACAUCGAUAAGUCUCCUUCCUUUUUCGUUAAUAAAUCAAAAGAG